ACGAUCACUUACAAAACAUAUUUUAUAGGGUGACAUGAAUAUGGCGGCCUCUCUCGAUCAAAGCUUGACUAUAUUUGAUUAUUUGCCUAAGGCGGAGCCUCCAUCUCUCAAUAAUAGCAUGAGCGAGUUGGCUUCUGCGGUCUCUUCCGUGCGGGGAAAUGAAGAUGACGAUGACGAAAGAGAGGAGAACGGCACUUACGUGAAUUCGUAUGGCUCCUCAUUCCCGGCAUCCGCGUCCGGAACAAGUAACCUCACUGCUACGUCCGCCGCGAGCAAGUCUUCGACGACGGUAGCGUCGUCAGGAGCCACCCGAAAAAGAUCCACAGCAAAUGCGCAUGGAUCGUCAGACGACAAACGUCAAAAAAAAUUGGAGCUGAACCGACUUGCUUCGCGGGAAUCCCGCAAACGGAAGAAAAGACGCUUGGAAGAGCUGCAGCGCUCCGUGCUGUAUCUGACGCACGAGAAUCACCAACUUAGGGAGCAAAAUGAACUGCUCCGACAAAUGCUCAUUGGCCGGCUUCCCACAGGGACAGUAGCGGCAGCCCUAGGAAAUGGGGGGGAAGGAAACGAGAAAGGGCUCCUCGCAAUGAGGGGACCGGGGGAAAUGGAGAAGGAAGAGGUGUUGGCAACGGAUCACGGGGAAGGAGAAAGUCUCAAUGUGCUGGGCUCCAUGUCCUCGGCCGCGGUGGAUAUGUUCUUUCCGAACACGAAUUUAUUGAUGAUGAAGGAAAAUGUUGAAGGCGGGAAAGAGGAAGAGCCCUCUAUAGUUGGAGCAGCAUGAAACGACCAUCUCGUGCGGUGGGGAAAACCCGGGGGAACAGCGACAGAGUUGGCGUGACAAGAGAAAAGGCCGGUCGAGGAUGGCCAUAUGAGGGUCCUCUGGAGGAUCAAUGUUGGAAGCAAAUGACGGAGAAGCAAGGGGAAUAAAAAGAGGGAGAGAAUUUGAAGAGGCGAUAGUUCGUGCUUCGGAUGAGGACCUACCUACCCCUCAGAGACCAACCAUCUAGAAUAUUGUAUCAGACAUGGACCUUGAUGUCUGCAGGAGGCUCUGCGCCAGAGGAAGAUAGCCAUGACCGAUUUAAAAGGAGAAAGACGUCGGGAAUGGUUUAAAGAUAUACGGGAUGAAAGGAGGAUUUGAAGGGAUGUGCAUGUUUUGUCAGAUUUAUGUCUAGUGCAUAUUUAUGGUCAUUGACUUGGUUCUAGUGGAGGGGAGGUGCGAAUACAGAAAUCUUCUGGUCCGCGAGGACGCACAGGAGGAUAAAGGUGGGAAGGGAGAACUUUUUGUGAGCAAAGAAGGGGUCCACGAGGAAUGGAGGACGGACUAGACGUGAGGAGAGUUUAUGCCGAAGGAGACCCUUCAGAAGUGCAGGUGGAAAACGGAUCAGGAAGGAAACAAUUAAAACCCAUGUGGAAGGAAGAGGAUGAGGGGUUUGGGCGGCAGCGGAGCCGAGGCAACUGCACGAAUCAUGGUCAUAUACCAUCUGAUGUGGAUCCUCUUUCCACACCAUGUUCGGCUGACUGGGAUGAUCGUCAUCUAUCUAUCUCUGUGUCUAUCCUAUGCUUCGAGAAGAAUCGAAAACAGGUAAAAAAGUAUCCAAGUCUGCCAAAAGUGCAGCCUGUAAGUCAGGAACCAAGGCCUGCGCCUCUCAGCCCAACACAUUAAAAGAAGAGAAACGACAAGACAUCUUCCU